CUUUUCCUUAGUUAUAAACGUAUUGCUCCCAAUCAUUAUAUAGGACUUUGCAUUCUAUGGUCUUCUAAUUUUACGGAAUGGAUCGGAUCUUGUUUUCAGGCUGCAAGAGAAGCUCACUCAAGCGGUCAUCAUGUUCACCAUCAUCGAUCUAGUGGAUGCCCACAUGCCCACACAAAUGGUAAACAGGACCACAGUUAUUUCAGCACGAGAUCUCAUUCCUACUUAUGGACAUAUGCUAUCGGGGCCACUUUGCUCAUUAGUACCGUGCCAUUCUUCCUUCUUAUUUUUAUACCCAUUCAGAAUAACUCUCCAUCAAAUGAACCAUGGUUGAAGGUUCUACUUGCUUUUGGUUCUGGAGGUUUACUAGGGGACGCAUUUUUGCAUUUGAUACCCCAUGCGGCACCUGCUACUUCACAUUCGCAUUCACAUUCACAUUCCCAUUCAGUUCUACAGCACACGGAACACACUCAUGAACCACAUGACAUGAGUGUCGGUGGAUGGGUGCUAGCAGGCAUUACGACGUUUCUGUUGGUUGAGAAAGUGGUGAGAAUCAUUCGCGGAGAAAGCGGUCACUCUCAUUCCUAUCGCAUAAUCUCAGAAAAGAAAGUGAGCGUGGCUGCGUACCUCAAUCUUGUUGCUGAUUUUGCACACAACUUCACCGACGGUCUCGCUAUUGGUGCUUCAUUCGUCGCAGGAACUACUGUUGGAGUAGUAACUAUGAUGACUGUGUUAGUCCAUGAAAUACCACACGAGAUUGGUGAUUUUGCAAUUUUAAUACAAUCCGGCUACUCGAAGAGAAAGGCAAUGGCUAUACAACUCGUGACAGCUUUGGGUGCUCUUUCUGGAUGCGCUUUUUCUCUGUGGGCAGGGGAUCCAUCAGCACUUGCUGAGGCCGCCGCUAGUAGUUGGAUUCUUCCAUUCACUGCUGGAGGAUUUAUAUAUAUUGCAACUGUUUCUGUUAUUCCUGAACUUCUGGAGAACUCAACCACAGGGCAGUCAUUUCGUGAAGUUCUCGCCAUUCUUUCUGGGAUUUUGAUGAUGUAUUUUGUUGCCAGAUUUGAAUAA